AUGAAGUGGAUGCUUUGGCUGUUUUUGCCAAUUCUGGCACUGGCUUUCACGAAAGAGGACUUGGAAAUCUUCUCUUUGCGGGACAAUAUCAUUGCUGAUCUCGGUGAGGACGUAACUUUCUACUCAUGGCUCGGCAUCGAUGCUGAUGCUGAUGGGCCUACCAUCACCAAGGCCUACCGCAAGCUGUCUCGGGCCAUUCACCCAGAUAAGAACCCCAGCAACGCUGCUACCCAGCGUUUUGCUCGCCUGGGUCUGGUGCACAAAAUCCUUCGUAGCGAUGGUCGCAGCCGUUACGAUUUUUACCUCAGGAAAGGCUUCCCCGCCCAUAAGGACGGUAACUACCUCUUCAACCGCUAUCGCCCCGGUGUUGCCUUUGCGUUGGCAUUCAUCCUCGUUGUCACCACGGGUAUCCACUACGUCCUGCGUGUUAUUGACACGCGCCGCAAACGUGAAUUCCUGCAGGAGGUCAUUGACGAGGCCACCGAUAAAGCCCGCUCUUCUUCCGGAAUCGUCGAGACCGAGAAGCGGGUCACUCUGGAUGGAGGCCGCACGUUCACAGUGCUUCCCACCGGCGAGGUGUAUUUCAACCACAAGGGCUCCGAGAGCCUUGUAGACGUUAAUGCAUUGGCUACUCCCACUAUCCGGGACACAUUCCCCUUCCUGCUUUUGAACAAGCUCACUGGAUCAUCCAAGACUGAGGAGCCCGAGGAGGAGGAAGCUCCCUCUAAAGAAAGCAGCCCUGAGUCCCAUACAUUGAAAAAAGGUGCCGCUCGCCGUCGCGCCGUUGGUGCUCGGGGUAAGGCAAAGAUUUUUUAA